AUGGGAUCGGGAUGCGAGAAGCAGCUGGAAAAUAGCACAAGGCUGGGGACGGAAGGGCGAGGCGAGCACAAGGACAAGGAAGGACAAGCAAGGACAAGGACAAGGACAAGGCCGGGUCAGGGAUUCAGAGUGCGGGCAGGGAAGGCGGCCAGAUCAGAAUUAAUUCGAGAGGUUGACGCGCGAUCCGGCGCGACGGCCUUGGAGCCUCUGGAGCCCUGGAGCCUUGGCCCUGGCACCGACUUUGCGGGAGGGGAGCACUUGGAGGGGAGCACUGGCAGGGGUCCAGCCAGUCGGACAGCGCCAAUCGUGUCGCUGUCCCAUGCACAUCGGUUGGGUCCCAAUCAUGGACAGCAAAUCAUGGGCAGCAAAUCACUGGCGCCAGGCCAGCCUCCACCCCCUCUGGUGACCCGAAGCCGGCAGCCCAGCCGCCGACCAAGCCGCUGUGACUGCCCCAUCACCAGCGCCAACCAGCACGCCACGUCCGCUGCAGGAAGCCCACAUUGUUCCUUGCUGCGUACCGCACAUGCGUGCCGUUACACCCAUCCCAUGCGAGCCGCCCACGCCCUCGAUCGAGACGAGACACAGAGGCCAUCCAGCUUCGAGAAGGAUGGUGGGGGAGGAGACGAGGGAGGACCCGAGGGAGGACCCGAGGGAGGACCCGAGGCCUAACAUCCAACUGUACGUACAACAAACGCACAACAUACGUUACGGCAUUUACACAUCAACUGUACGGCGGUCCCCUGUUAGGUAAUGUCGCCGUGAACAACCUCGGCCUCGGAAACCACAGCCACCCCCGCGUGUGCGUCUCCAAGAAAGAAUGUGACCAAAGCUUG